AUGACGUCUGAAGAAAUGGCAGCUUCUGUUCUCACACCUGUGACUCAGAGAAAAGUGACGUCCACUCCAUCGGCUGUAGAUGAAAGUAGUGAAAACAUCUCAGAUGUCAGUGUUCCAAAGGCACAUAGUGUCAGGCAGAGCGGGCAGGCUUCUACCAUCCCAUGGAUGAACAAGCUUAAAGAAGAACCUUCUGGAAGCAACUUGCCCAAGAUUCUCUCCAUAGCAAGGGAGAAAAUAGUGAGCGAUGAGAACAGCAAUGAAAAGUGCUGGGCAGAAAGCACACCAGUUUCUGUGAAAAACCUUAACAUUAACCACAACAACAUACUGACAAACCGCCAGUGCAUCCUUCCUCAGAGCCAGUGUUAUGACACGUGCGAUUCUGUCAUGGAGGAAGACCCAUGUUUGGAAACUGGAAUCCCAUCCUCACUGGAAAGAAAGGCAUUUCCUGGAAUUCAACUGGAAAUCGAUGGACCUCCCAUGGACAUUAGUCCCUCAGGAAGUCAGUCAGCCGCUGUAGAGACUGGCCAGGCAGACCCUGACAGUAACACGGCAGCAUUUCACUUUCAUUAUGAAGUUGAGAGAAGAGUGUCAGAUGCUUUCUGUACUCUGUCAGGCAACUUGAUUUUGGAUGAUUGUGGAAACUGUGUACCACUGCCUGGUGUUGGUGGGGAGGAAAAGAAAAAUUAUGUGGCAUAUACUUGUAAACUCAUGGAAUUGGCUGAAAACUGUGAUAAUAAGAAUGGGCAGCUGCAGUGUGAUCAUUGUGACACCUUGGAUGACAAAUACUUGUGCUUUGAAGGUUCUUGCCAAAGGGCCAGUGUGGUAUGUUCAAGUGACAGCUUUUGCAGGGAGGACUUGACUAACAGUCCACCUGCCAAGACCUUUCUGAGCCAUUUUGAGGACUUCUCUGAUAAUUGUGAAGAUGUAGAAGAAGAUUUUUUUAAGAGCAAAAAGGAGAGGUCCACUUUGUUAGUGAGGAGAUUUUGUAAAAAUGACAGGGAAGUAAAGAAAUCUGUGUAUACCGGGACAAGGGCAAUCAUGAGAACUCUGCCUUCUGGUCACAUUGGGCUGGGAGCUUACAGUUACAUCGAUCAGAAGAGAAGUGGUCUCUUAUUGCCCAGUGGGAGAAUUCUGGAAAGGCUGUCAGUGGUGGCGAUUAGGCAGGACGGGAGCCGGUGCCUAUCAGAAGCCCAGUGGUAUCGGAUCUACAAUGCAGUGAGAAGGGGAGAAGAAAUAGAAAAUACAACUGGAUCUCUUCUCCAUGUCUUCACAAAGCUCCCAGCCUCCGAGAUAGCCCAUGAAAGGAUAAGCGUUAGUCCAUGCUUAAAGCAGUGUGUCCGAGACACCCUAUGUGAGUACCGUGCCACCCUGCAGAGGACGUCCAUAUCUCAAUACAUCACGGGUUCUCUCCUAGAAGCGACCACAUCUUUGGGGGCUAGAAGUGGCCUACUCAGUACUUUUGGAGGAUCCACUGGACGAACGAUGCUAAAAGAACGCCAGCCAGGCACCUCCAUGGCCAAUUCCAGUGCCCUCCCUUCAAGUUCAGCUGGGAUCAGCAAGGAGCUGAUUGACCUGCAGCCCCUCAUUCAGUUCCCAGAGGAAGUUGCCAGCAUCCUGAUGGAGCAGGAACAGAACAUUUACCGAAGGGUCUUGCCAGUUGACUAUCUUUGCUUCUUGACCCGGGACUUGGGCACUCCGGAAUGCCAGACAUCCCUGCCCUGCCUCAAAGCAUCCAUCUCAGCUUCAAUUCUUACCUCCCAGAACGGAGAGCACAAUGCCCUGGAAGAUCUGGUGAUGAGAUUUAAUGAGGUGAGCUCCUGGGUGACGUGGCUGAUCCUCACGGCGGGCUCCAUGGAGGAAAAGCGAGAAGUCUUCUCCUAUUUGGUGCACGUGGCCAAAUGCUGCUGGAACAUGGGCAACUACAAUGCUGUCAUGGAGUUCUUGGCUGGCCUCAGGUCAAGAAAAGUUUUAAAAAUGUGGCAGUUUAUGGACCAGUCUGACCUGGAGACCAUGAGGAGCCUGAAGGACGCCAUGGCUCAGCACGAAUCUUCCUGCGAGUACAGGAAGGUGGUCACGCGGGCCCUGCACAUACCCGGCUGUAAGGUGGUUCCCUUCUGUGGGGUGUUUCUGAAGGAGCUCUGUGAAGUACUGGAUGGAGCCUCUGGCCUCAUGAAGCUUUGCCCGAGGUACAAUUCCCAAGAAGAAACUCUAGAGUUCGUAGCCGAUUAUAGUGGACAAGAUAAUUUCUUACAACGAGUGGGACAUAAUGGCCUAAAGAAUUCAGAGAAGGAGUCCACUGUCAACGGCAUCUUUCAGAUCAUCAGGAGCUGCAGCCGAAGUCUGGAGGCCGAGGACGACGACAGUCCCAGUGAAGGCAACAGCUCUAGGAAAAAUUCCUUAAGGGAUAAAGCAAGGUGGCAGUUUAUAAUUGGAGAUUUGUUGGAUUCCGAAAACGACAUCUUUGAGCAGUCGAAAGAAUGGGACUCUCACGGAUCAGAAGAGCCACAGAAGGCCUUUGACCACGGGACAGAGCUGAUCCCAUGGUACGUGCUGUCCAUCCGAGCUGAUGUGCACCAGUUCCUGCUGCAGGGGGCCACUGUCAUCCACUACGACCAGGACACGCACCUGUCAGCCCGCUGCUUCCUCCAGCUUCAGCCUGACAACAGCACCUUGACCUGGAUAAAGCCUACCACUGCCUCCCCAGCCAGUGCUAAAGCAAAACUUGGUGUGCUUAGUAACACGUCUGAGCCUGGCAAAUUCCCGUUACUGGGCAAUGCUGGAUUAAGUGGCCUGGCAGAGGGGGUCCUGGAUCUGUUUUCAGCAAAGGCUGUGUACAUGGGACACCCUAGCAUUGAUAUACACACUGUGUGUGUUCAGAACAAACUGGGUAACAUGUUUCUCUCAGAGACUGGCGUGACACUGCUCUAUGGGCUCCAGACCACGGACAAUAGAUUAUUGCACUUUGUGGCACCCAAGCACACAGCUAAGAUGCUCUUCAGUGGAUUGCUAGAACUCACGAGGGCCGUGAGGAAGAUGAGGAAGUUCCCCGACCAGAGACAGCAGUGGCUGCGGAAACAGUACGUCAGCCUCUAUCAGGAGGACGGACGGUAUGAAGGCCCAACUUUGGCUCAUGCUGUGGAGCUGUUUGGUGGCCGGCGAUGGAGUACACGCAAUCCCAGCCUUGGGAUAUCCGCAAAGAGUGCUGAGAAGCCCAGUGUGCAGAGAAACAACACCUUGGGCAUAAGCACCACCAAGAAAAAGAAGAAAACCCUUAUAAGGGGUGAGAGUGGAGAGGCGGCCGACGACGAGAUGGCUACGCGGAAGACCAAAAUGCACAGGGAGAGUCGCAGCCGGAGUGGUUCCGACCCUCAAGACAUGAAUGAGCAAGAAGAAUCCGAGGCACAUGCCUUCAUGAGCCCUCCUAACACUCUGCCUUCCAGAAGAGCCCACUCUUUGACCACAGCUGGGUCUCCUAACUUGUCUGCCGGGACAUCAUCUCCCAUCAGGCCAGUGUCCUCCCCUGUGCUGUCUUCUUCAAACAAGAGCCCGUCCAGUGCUUGGAGCAGCAGUAGCGGGCACGGGAGGAUCAAAGGAGGAAUGAAGGGUUUUCAGAGCUUCAUGGUUUCAGACAGUAACAUGAGUUUUGUUGAAUUCGUUGAGCUGUUCAAAUCAUUCAGCGUGAGGAGCCGCAAGGACCUGAAGGAUCUCUUUGACAUCUACGCCGUGCCCUGCAACCGAGCCGGCUCCGAGUCGGCCCCCCUCUAUACCAACCUAACAAUCGACGAAAACACCAGCGACCUUCAGCCUGAUCUAGAUUUAUUGACCAGAAAUGUCUCGGACUUGGGGUUGUUCAUUAAGAGUAAACAGCAGCUGUCCGACAACCAGAGGCAGAUAUCUGAUGCUAUUGCUGCUGCAAGUAUCGUGACAAAUGGCACUGGGGUCGAGAGCACGUCUCUGGGUAUCUUUGGUGUUGGCAUACUCCAGCUCAAUGACUUCCUCGUCAACUGCCAGGGAGAACACUGCACUUAUGAUGAAAUCCUCAGCAUCAUCCAGAAGUUCGAGCCUAGCAUUAGUAGGUGUCAUCAGGGACUACUGUCAUUUGAGGGAUUUGCAAGGUUUCUGAUGGAUAAAGAUAAUUUUGCCUCCAAAAAUGAUGAGUCACAGGAAAACAUUAAAGACUUGCAGCUGCCCCUCUCCUACUAUUACAUUGAAUCUUCACACAAUACCUACCUCACAGGCCACCAGCUCAAAGGAGAGUCCUCAGUGGAACUCUACAGUCAGGUCCUCCUGCAAGGCUGCAGGAGCGUGGAGUUGGACUGCUGGGAUGGAGAUGAUGGGAUGCCCAUCAUCUACCACGGACACACACUGACAACCAAGAUCCCCUUCAAGGAGGUGGUAGAAGCCAUCGACCGCAGUGCCUUCAUCAACUCUGACCUGCCCAUCAUCAUAUCAAUUGAGAACCACUGCUCAUUGCCUCAGCAACGAAAAAUGGCAGAAAUUUUCAAGACUGUGUUUGGAGAAAAACUGGUGGCUAAAUUCCUGUUUGAGAGCGAUUUCUCAGAUGAUCCAAUGCUUCCCUCACCUGACCAACUUAGGAGGAGAGUGCUUCUUAAAAAUAAGAAGCUAAAAGCCCACCAAACACCAGUGGACAUCCUAAAGCAAAAGGCUCAUCAGUUAGCAUCCAUGCAAGCUCAGGCUUAUAAUGGGGGGAAUGCCAACCCCCCACCUGCUAGUAACGAGGAAGAGGAGGAUGAAGAGGAUGAAUAUGAUUAUGACUAUGAAUCCCUGUCUGAUGACAACAUUCUAGAAGACAGACCUGAAAAUAAAUCAUGUAAUGACAAGCUUCAGUUCGAGUAUAAUGAAGAAAUCCCCAAGAGGAUAAAGAAAGCUGAUAACUCUGCUUGCAACAAAGGAAAGGUUUAUGACAUGGAACUGGGAGAAGAAUUUUAUCUUCCUCAGAAUAAAAAGGAAAGCAGACAGAUUGCACCAGAGCUUUCUGACCUUGUCAUCUAUUGCCAAGCGGUAAAAUUUCCAGGCCUGUCAACUCUAAAUGCAUCUGGCUCUAGCAGAGGAAAAGAAAGGAAAAGCAGGAAGUCCAUUUUUGGCAACAAUCCGGGCAGAAUGAGCCCUGGGGAGACAGCAUCGUUUAACAAAGCAUCUGGAAAAAGUUCCUGUGAAGGAAUGCGACAGGCCUGGGAGGAAUCUUCUUCCCCCCUCAACCCAACCACAUCCCUCAGCGCUAUCAUUAGAACUCCCAAAUGUUACCAUAUCUCAUCGCUGAAUGAAAAUGCCGCCAAACGUCUGUGUCGCAGGUAUUCUCAGAAACUGAUCCAGCACACCGCCUGUCAGCUGCUGAGGACUUACCCGGCUGCCACCCGCAUCGACUCCUCCAACCCCAAUCCCCUCAUGUUCUGGCUCCAUGGGAUACAGCUCGUGGCGCUCAACUACCAGACAGAUGAUCUCCCCUUACAUUUAAAUGCUGCCAUGUUUGAGGCCAACGGUGGCUGUGGUUAUGUUCUAAAACCCCCAGUUCUGUGGGACAAGAACUGUCCCAUGUAUCAGAAGUUUUCGCCCUUGGAAAGAGACCUGGACAACAUGGAGCCUGCCAUCUAUUCCUUAACUAUCGUCUCUGGUCAAAACGUGUGUCCGAGCAGCGGCACGGGGAGCCCCUGUAUCGAAGUCGACGUGCUGGGCAUGCCCCUAGACAGCUGCCACUUCCGCACAAAGCCCAUCCACCGGAACACUCUGAACCCCAUGUGGAAUGAACAGUUUCUCUUCCGGGUUCACUUUGAAGACCUCAUAUUUCUUCGUUUUGCUGUUGUGGAAAACAACAGCUCAGCCGUAACCGCUCAGAGAAUCAUCCCACUCAAGGCUUUAAAACGAGGAUAUCGGCAUCUUCAGCUACGAAACCUCCACAAUGAAGUCUUGGAAAUCUCUAGUUUAUUCAUAAACAGCAGAAGGAUGGAAGAAAAUUCCUCCAGCAGUGCCGUGCCGGCCUCUUUGAUGUUUAAUACAGAAGAAAGAAAAUGUUUGCAGACUCACAGAGUCACGGUGCAUGGGGUCCCGGGUCCAGAGCCCUUUACUGUUUUCUCCAUAAAUGGAGGCACCAAGGCAAAGCAGCUUCUCCAACAAAUUCUGACUACUGAAAAAGACACCAAACCUAUUGUCACAGACUAUUUUUUGAUGGAAGAAAAAUAUUUUAUAUCUAAAGAAAAAAAUGAAUGCAGGAAACAACCAUUCCAGAGAGCCAUCGGUCCAGAAGAAGAGAUCAUGCAGAUUUUAAGCAGCUGGUUUCCAGAGGAAGGAUAUGUUGGCAGGAUUGUCUUAAAAACCCAGCAGGAAAACCUAGAAGAGAGAAGCAUUGUUCAAGAUGACAAGGAGGUAAUCUUGAACUCCGAGGAGGAGAGUUUCUUUGUCCAAGUGCAUGACGUUUCUCCAGAGCAACCUCGAACAGUCAUCAAAGCACCCCGUGUCAGCACUGCGCAGGAUGUCAUUCAGCAGACCUUAUGCAAAGCCAAAUAUUCCUAUAGCAUCCUGAGCAACCCCAACCCGAGUGACUAUGUGCUUUUGGAAGAGGUGGUGAAAGACGCUACCAAGAAGUCUUCCACCCCGAAGUCCUCCCAGCGGGUUCUUUUGGAUCAGGAGUGUGUGUUUCAAGCCCAAAGCAAGUGGAAAGGUGCAGGAAAAUUCAUCCUUAAGCUAAAGGAGCAGGUGCAGGCAUCCCGAGAAGACAAAAGAAAAGGCAUUUCUUUUGCAAGUGAAUUCAAGAAGUUCACCAAGUCAACUAAACAGCCCCGAGGACUCACAUCACCUUCUCAGGUCUUGGCCUCAGAAAGUGUCCAAAGCAAGGAGGAGAAACUGGUGGGCAGCUUGCCCUCCAGUGACACCACAGAGUACCGACAAUAACCAAGGUUGGCACGUUUUACCCAG